GACGAUAGCAGGCAGCCCCGCCGGAAGCCUCUGAUCGCCUUCUACCCUUGGGCGAUGACCGACGAGGUCGGCAACAUCACCAUGACGUCCGCCCCCAACGGUGUCGAGGUCACGGGCGGGCUGGUCUACUCGCAGUACUACAACCUCAUCAAGGCGCCGUUCGAUGCCCAGAAGGUCUAUGCCCUGCAGCCCCCUGUGUACGAAAAUCUCGCGAUCGACCCCGUGUACCUGCGGCAGCUCCGCCGUGCGGGCCGGGCCACCGUCGCUGACCAAGCAGCCCUCAAGAAGGCCUACGUCCUCUCGAAGCAGCGGGCCUCCCUCAACCUCCGCGAGUGUCACAACCGCUCGUUCGGCACCCGCGAAGAGCAUCGCAUCUCCCUCCCGCUCCUGCGGCAGGUCCUGGCGGACUGGGACUCGGUCGUCCUCCCGACGCGUGAGCAUGUCUCGCUGCCCUGGUUUUCCGUCCCGACCGACGACGUCCUCCACUUCCUCCGAGGGCAGAUCAAUCGCCACUGCCUCCUGUUCGAGUACAUUCUCGGCCGCGCGGGGCCCAUGUUCUCCCUCGCCGAGACGGUCCCCAUGGUAAUCGCCCUCCGAGGCCUUCGGUACUGCUACGACAGCAAUCCCUUGUUCAAGGAACCCGUCCUCUUCGGGGACGAGUGGACGCAGGUAGAAUGGGUCCCCCACGAGCGGACCGGUCUCGGCAUGUACCGCUCGAUGCAGCGACACGGGUUUGGGUGGUGGCGUGCUGGGCUCUUCCAGUGGGAGUCCUGGCGCUUUCGGGGCCCCAUCACCCGCCGGCUCCUGGUCGGCAAUCUCCUCCUCCACGCCGAAUACCGGAGACGG